GGCACAUCGGGCUGGACUCCGGGCAGAGGCACAUCGGGCAGGACUCCGGGUAGAGGCACAUCGGGCAGGACUCCGGGCAGAGGCAAUCGGGCAGGACUCCGGGCAGAGGCACAUCGGGCAGGACCCCGGGCAGAGGCACAUCGGGCUACCAGGCGAAGCGGCAGGCAGCGGGCCACCGGGCGGAGAGGCAGGCACCGGGCCCCCGGGCGGAGCGGCAGGCACCGGGCCCCCGGGCGGGGCAACAGGCCUCGGGUCCCCGGGCGGGGCGACAGGCCUCGGGCCCCCGGGCGGGGCGACAGGCAUCGGGCCCCCGGGCGGGGCGACAGGCAUCGGGCCCCCAGGCGGGGCGAC